GUCUUCUUAAAAUUCUCUUUCUCUUCUUUUUUUUUUUUUUUUAAAAAUUUGGUUUUACGGAACGGCAUAGUAUUUUUUCUACUCCCUAUACGAGCGACAGGCAAGUCUGCAAAGUACCAUCACUGCUUGUGUUUUGAAAUGACGCAUCAAUGACUUUAUAGAAAUUCUUUUUUGUUUUGUUUUUCGUGGUUUUAAAUCUCCAAACAUGGGGGACAUGAAAAUUGAGAAAUUCUUUUUUUUUAUCCGCCUGAUGAAAUGCCAAGAUUUACACAGAGACAGCUCCUAAUAAUUGGUAGCCUUAAAAGCUUUUAUAACAUAUGUUUGAUUUAGCCCGUGUAUGAAUAGCUAGUCUUUUUUCCUCUGGAUUUUCAAGAAUAAAAGAGCUGCAGUUCACAGAGGUCGUCCCUUGUCUCGUCAUAUGCUUUUCAUCCUGUUUUAGCAGUGUUUUGAAGUCACUAAAUGGCACUGGAUGUGUGUUAUGAUGAGUUAUAGCAGAUAUAUUGUAAAGACUUGCCAUCCUCAUGGGUCUUCUCACUAAACUUUCAUGCAGUAUGAAUGGAUUUGAAGACAAAUAACUAGAAACGUGCAUUUUUAUUUGAGUGAAGUCACUUGGGGUUGUAUGUGAGUGUAACAUUGAGAAAGUUUUUAUCACCCAGAUUAAGUGCUUUAAAUGUAAGUGUUUCUUUUGUUUUGAAGAACUCUUAUUCUCUUCCCUUUUUUUUUUUCUCACACCCUGUGUGGGAAAGAAACACAAGGACCUUUGACCUGAGGUGUCAUAGCAACCUCCUUUAUCCUGUUAUAUAGUUUAGGUUUAGCUUCUCCAUGUUUUUAUUAAUAUUAUAUUUUGAUGGCUAAUUAAAACCUGUCACAAAUGCAGCUCAAUUGUGUUUAACAACUCCUCCAGAUAAGAGACGGUUUGGGUCUCUGACUCUGUCAGAACUGUUUGACAUCACUUGUUAGGCUAAUUAUGUGGCGUGUAAUAUUUUAGUGGUUAGCGUACAUCUGGUAAAGUUUGCUGACAGAAAACUCUCGUAUUCCCAGUAGAGUGGUAGGUUGCACUGCAAACGAAGAAAUAGAAAUCGAAGUUCCCCUAAAUCUUCAAUCUUACUCAUUGACAAAAACUUACUUUUUUACUGAGAAUAUAAAAACAACUGACAUUUGUAUUGAAUAUGCAAGUUAAAGUGAUGUGUGACGAUAAACCUUUUAUUGGUCAGAUGUGUUGACAUUUUGGCUACAUGUGGUUUUUCAAAGCUAGUGGUUCCCGUUCGGUUAGCUUUUCAUAUGAACUGACUUUCCUGAACUUUUAUACUAAAAUUAGAGCAUCAGUAAGUACUUGUUUGAUAAAAAACGCUCGUCUUGUUAGCCUAGCUUUAUCCCGCCACAAGCCUCUGUGCUCGGCUUCAUAUCAGAAACUUUCUGAAAGUUUUCAGUUUAGAUCUUCCAGCAGUGCCCACUUCCUCUCCUCCCCAUUCCGACGAGCUGAGUUUAGUGUGUCCGCCGGCCCCUCUGGAACGUUGAUGAGUCAGUUUAGCCUUCUUUUUCUUUCUCUCUUUUCCUUUCUAUCGCGGUGUGUGUUCUUUUACCUCGCAAACAGGUUUUCGCUUAGCUUUUUUCCUCUUUUUUUUCCUCUCCAUCUCACGGUGGCUGCACGUUCUCCAUCUGUGUGGUCUGUAGGCUGGUGCGGUUGACUAUUGCUAACCUGACACAGGUUGGACAGAAUGAGUCGAAAGAAAAGUGAUCGAGAAGAACGGCGUGGUGUGGUCACCCCUCGCGCUCAGGAUCAUCUGCACCUGUGAGGUCUUCUGAGAAAAGGAAGUACGGGACGGCGCAUUUCACAAGCAACGCAUGUAGAGCGAGUAAACUUUGUGAACACUGUGGGGAAAAAAAUGGAAUGAUUCCCAGGCCAGAAUGGAUGUGGAAUAAAGGAUACCUCAGAGAGCUCCUCAGGGAAGGGUCUUUGGAUACUCUGCCAGCUUUGAUAUCUGCCUCCCUGUUGGAUUUGAGUGUGAUAAUGCUAUAACCCAAUGCUUAACAGAGAUAUGGUUAGGAAAAAGAAUCCCCCUUUGAGAAGCUUCGGCGGUGAAGAAGAGGAGGGCGAGGCGGUGGCGGCUGAGGCCACUGGCCCAGAGAGCGGGAACGCGGGGAGCCAGGCCUCAGAGCCGGACCGGGCUGUGGGCGAAGAACAGGAGGAACCGUCCUCCCCUGGCCCCAUCAAACCAGACAGGCCUGACUUGCAUUACUCCAGCCACAGAGUGGGAGCGUGCUGUUGGAGAAGUGAGGGAGGAGAUGCCGAACCGCUGGACUCUACCACCUCCCCAACGAACUCUGAUCCAGAUGAGAGAGGAGACUGUGAGGAUGACCGGAGCGGUCUAAAACCCAGUACCCGGUCAGGCGGCGUCAUCGUACAGGGCUGCACCAGUAACGGAGAGGAGAGGGACGCCACACACAGCCCGCUAGCAUUGCUGGGCUCUGACAGCCCUCAUGGUGCGGCUGUCGAAGGCUCUAAAGUUCCUCCUGUUACACUUCAUCCACAGAGGCCCAUCGGGGGAGCGGAGGAUGCCCCUAGCCCUCUGGGAGCUGAGACGGGAGCACCUCCACCCACCUCACCCAAACUACAAGACUUCAAGUGCAACAUUUGUGGGUACGGUUAUUAUGGCAAUGACCCCACAGACCUGAUCAAACACUUUCGUAAGUACCAUUUGGGCUUGCACAACCGGACACGGCAGGACGCAGAGCUGGACAAUAAGAUUCUGGCACUACAUAACAUGGUGCAGUUCACAGCCCAAACACAGGCCAAAGACUCAGCGCGCCUCCUCAGCCAAUCAACUCAGAGCGGCUCUGCAGUGGAAGCAGGGUCACCCAGAUCCUCUGUACUUAACGGCACCUACGACGUACAGGUAACGUUAGCCGGCACCUUCAUCGGGAUCGGGAGGAAGACGCAGGACUGUCAGGGCAACACCAAGUACUUCCGCUGCAAGUUCUGCAACUUCACCUACAUGGGCAGCUCUUCUGUAGAUCUAGAACAGCAUUUCCUGGCCACCCACCCCAACAAGAUGAAGAGUCCACCUCCGUCCAACACCAGCCUCGAGGAGAAGUCCUCAACUGAACGGAAGGGGAACUGCAUAUCGCGCAUUGGGGCAGAUGAGCAAGGGAAGUGGGCUGAUCGGGUGGCGGUGCGGGCCGAAGAUGACUCUGUGGCUGGGUACUCUGUACCCAUCAGGGCAUCAGAUUCCCCUAGCCGCACUGGAGGUGACUCCUAUUACUGGUGCAAGUAUUGCAGUUUUAGUUGCGAAGCUACCAGUGCUUCUAGGCUUCUGGAGCACUAUGAGAAGAGACACGGCCAGGCGGCCAUCAGGGAGGGAAGUCCAGGGGAAAGGGACAGAAAGGCCCGUGACGGAGACUCCCACUUACAGAAAAAGGAGAAGACUGGAGCAGCGGGCGACCAGGAAACGGUAGUAACCAGUUACAACUGUCAGUUCUGCGACUUCCGCUACUCCAUGACUCACGGGCCGGAAGUCAUCGUCGUGGCUCCGCUUUUGCAUCACUACCAACGGGCUCACAGCAUUCACAAGUGCACCAUCAAACAUUGCCCCUUCUGUCCCCGUGGGCUCUGCACUCCUGAGAAGCACCUGGGGGAGAUUUCCUAUCCCUUUGCUUGCCGUAAGAGCUCCUGCUCGCACUGUGCUCUACUUCUGCUGCAGCUAACAGCCGGAGGGACCACUACCCCAUCCCCACCAGCUCCCCGAGCGUCCGUCACCCAUCAGUGUGACCAGUGCCCGUUCGCCUCGACUGAUAUUGACUUGCUUCUCUUGCACUAUGACAGCACCCACACCUCGCACACCUUACUGGAAGUCAAACCAGAGGAGGAGGGAUCAGGGGAUGCAGGGCCAGGGACAGGACGGGACCAUCCUGGCGAGUACGCCUGCACUAAGUGCCAUUUCUUCACUGAAGUGGAGGAGGACAUCUUUCGUCACUACAGGAGAGUUCAUGGCUGCUGUCGUUGUCGGCAUUGUAGUUUCACUGCCACGGACACCACAGCACUGCUGGACCACUUCAACUCCGCCCACUGCCAGGACUCUGCGGAUCCAGCCUCUGCUCCUGCAAAUGGCUGCCCUGCCCCUUCAACCCUCCGCAUCAAAGAGGAGAGCAAAGGUGAUCUGAAACUCUAUAGCCUGGUGCCCCGAGAGGCCAGUAGAGCUGAGCCACUUCCCGGCUCAGAGGGCGUGAAGAGUGAGGCCCAGGAUGAGAAGGAAAAAGGCUGGGUUGAAGCGCUGGGCCCUGUGACUGGCGGUGGAGUCCGAAGUGGGGAGCAACACGUGCAAAGCCUGGUGUGGGUACCCAAGGAACGUGCAGGGGAGAUCCUUAGAGGAAGCCCAGCCCCGUUCCCCCAGGCCACACUGGGUCUGCUGAAUGCUGUGGCAGCAGGGGUAAAAGACCAGCAGCAGCAGAAGGGGGCGACCAUGCUUAGAGACUCAGCGGGACUGAUCUUCAGCCUUAGUGCAGAUGCUAAAGGCUACCUGCCAGGGACGCCGACGAGCAGUGCGGAAAAAGCCGGGCAGCAGUACCCAACUUCUACCGAGGGCAAGAGUGCCAAGGAAGAGUCGCAGUCUCUCUUACGGUUAUUAAGCCACGGGACCGAGCUGAACAAUAAGGAUAUUUUUUCUACUGGCACAAGACGGCGGGGCUCGGGGGUCUUCUGCGCCAACUGUCUGACCACCAAGACCUCACUGUGGAGGAAGAAUGCCAACGGCGGCUACGUGUGCAACGCGUGUGGCCUCUAUCAGAAGCUGCACUCGACCCCAAGACCGUUGAACAUUAUCAAGCAAAACAACGGCGAGCAGAUCAUCCGUCGCCGGACACGCAAGCGCCUGAAUCCUGACCCCCUACCAUCUGAGCAGGUGGGGUCUAAGCAGCAGCGCGUCAACAGCGAGGAGCGUCUCAACGGCAGCCCCUUAGAGAGGAGGACUGAGGAAGCAGGAUCUGAUGGGUCUUUAUCACGAGCCGAGGCCCAAGCGCAGUUGAGUAAAUACGAGGCUUAUGGUCCCUCAGGACCCAAAAGUCACCCUAGCCCCCGUUCCACCCACGCGUUCCUCGUCAAUCAGACGCUGGAGAUCCACAAGCGCAUGCCACCCCUGCAUAUGCACAAGAGCCCUGCGGACAGUGGGGCCGAGGGCAACGGGCACAGCGCAGGACCCCAGGGAGGAGAUGGCAAGGGUGGUUCUGAACGGGGCAGCCCUAUUGAGAAGUACAUGCGUCCGUCGAAGCAGGCCAGCUACUCCCCUCCUGGAAGCCCUAUCGAAAAGUACCAGUACCCGUUCUUCAGCCUACCCUUUCUCCACAACGACCUGCAAAACGAAGCAGACUGGUUGCGCUUCUGGACUAAGAGCAAGAUUUCUGUGCCGGGCAACCCGGGCCACUACCUGAGCCCUGUGGCUGGCCUUCCCAAUCCGUGCCAAAGCUUUGUGCCUUACCCUACCUUCAGCUUACCGCCUCAUUUCCCCCCACCAACCCCUUCUGGACCCGAAAACGACACGCCUCUCGACCUGGCCAUGAAACAUUCCAAACCCAGUCCUACGCCGAACGGGACCCUCGUCACCAAGGAGAAAUGGAUGUCACCCGCUUCUGAAAGGGAACGGGAGACGGAAUGCUCGGAAGAACCCGAAGAGGAGCGCUCUACUUCGCAAGUCGCCCAACCGGAGAAGGUUGAUCAGGCCACGCAAGAUGACAUCUCGAGCAAAUGCGCCCACUGUGGCAUUGUCUUCCUGGACGAGGUCAUGUACGCCUUGCACAUGAGUUGCCAUGGUGACGGCGGGCCCUUCCAGUGCAGUAUCUGCCUGCACCCUUGCGCCGAUAAGUACGAUUUCACAACACACAUCCAGAGAGGCCUCCACCGGGCCGCCCCUGAGGCAAACGCCAACCCCUCUAACCAAUGAGCUUUACAAACCUGCAGUCCGAGCACAACUAGAGCAGCGAGGAAAGCGAGCGCUUGUACGAAUGAAUGCAUUGAACUUUUUUUUGCUUGAAAUAUGCCAAGAUGGAUCAUGGUGCCUAAGCAGCCAAUGCAAGAAACUUCAGUCAGCAUAGCAUUUCUGUGGGAGCUCACACACACGUAUACUUUUAAUGAACAAAAACUGCUUUUUGAAGACAUCGGUACAUGUAGCUCCUCAAUCUAGAUAUAUUUUCGUUAGUCCAGAUAUGUAAUUUUCGACAACGCAGUUCAGCAGGCAAGGUACAUCUACUCCAAUUUAAUGCUUCGUUUCUCGUCGUCGUGUGUAUUCGCAGAUUUAUGGAAAGUUCUCUUACCUGGUUCUGAUAAAAAUGAGGAUGUGUUUCUGCAUGUGUGGCUCAGUGUAGGAAAAUGUGGCAGUCGUCUGUCACUAUGGCAACAGCAUAAAUGACUGCUGUCCUCAAACAAACAUCCAGCAUCCUCAGGGAAUGUGUAUGGCUGAAUAGACAACAUUAGUUUAUAUUCUGUCUCCAGUUAACAUUAUACUAAAUGUCUUAUGGUUUUCUGUUUGUUCUUGUCUUUUUUUGUGUGUUGAAGUUAUAGGGUUAGGUAACUCAAGUCACAGAAUUCCAUCAUAACUUUUAAGCUGCUGCCUUAGUUGCUGGGAUGCAAUUCUCUACUCUAGAAAUUCGGGAAGGAAUAAAAAAAAAUAUUUUUUUCUAGGUUGUUAAUAGUAAAAUCAUAUUAUCAGUGCCUGAUAUAUUGUACAAAGUAUUUUCUACAUGAGAUGUUGAUAUGCAACAUUGAACUCGCAUCUGAAUAAGGGCCUUGAGUUUGGCUCUGACAAACGUUUACAUUUGCAAAUGUAGCAAACGUCAUAAUGAAGCGUCGUAAUGAAGAACACCUUUCAUGAAAACAGUAAGACAAUUCAAUUUCCUUUCCUCCAAAGGUGGAAUAUUAAACAAAAGUACUAUGUUUUUUCAUUUUGGCCACAAAAGGGCACUAUUCAUUCCAAGCGUUGUCAUUUUCUGUUGCCUCUUCUUACCAUGUACUUGUGCUUUGUAGUUGAUGAAGAAGCUUGUAUUGGACUGAAGUCUUCCUGUAUUUUUCUCCUGCUCUUCUGAUACCGAACAUUCAAGGGAAACUGAUGAGUCUCUGCUUUAUUUGGUCAUUUUAUGGGAGCCAGUUCUCUAAUAUAAAAAUAAGAACUUUCUGCCAGUCUAAAUUAAUUCUGUUCCACCUUUAAUUCUAAAGAGCAGUUGAAAACACCUUUGACUUUUGUUUUUUAACAAUUUUAUUCAGUAUACUGUUGAUGAAACUUAAUAACUGCAGGUGUUUCUGGUGCCUUUCGAUGGCAGUUGUCUCAAAGAGGCAUAACAUUGUUAUUUAUAUUGUUGUUUCACCCAGCUGUACUUUGGUUUUUAUGCUCCUUUUGCAACUUUUAUCAUGUGGAGUGGACAACUGUCUACCUGAGCGACUGAAAAACAUGUUUUUAAGUAAUAAUGAGCUCAGAAAUGAUCCAAACAUACUUUAUCAAGUCAAGCGCUUGAUAGAUUUUAAAGCUGUUCACGCAUCUUCACAGUUUUCCAUUUUAUUUGAAUAGGAAAAGCAAACAUAUUUGAACCUCCCAGAUUCUGUUUUUGUUUGCUAGCAACUUUGAGAUGUCUUUUAUUUUUUUUUUAUUUUAUUUUUUUUGAGAUGUUGUUGUUGUGCUCCCAUGUGUACUUCUCCACACUUGCUCCUUUUCUUGGUCACAGGUUCAGUGAGUUGGGUCUAGUCUGACUUCAUACAGACAUUAUUUAUAUGAACUGGGGGAAAGGGGGAGAGCUUGAGACUCAAAAUAUCUAAUUUGUGCUCUCUCUCUCUUUCUCAAAAACUAGCCUUACAACGCUGCUUAACUGCAAAUGCCUCUUACAAUAACUGAAAUCAUUAUAGACCGUCGCUUUUCAACAAACCAUUUAUACAGUUGGGUAUUAAAUAACAUAAGAUUCUUUCUUUUUAUUUUUGUCUAAAUUUUCAUUUUAAUUUGAAAAUGUUAAUGCUUGCACUUCAGUUACUCUAUUGCAAAAGAAGACAGAUGAUGUGUUAUUAGCAUGCUAAGUACAGGUACUGCAUUAUAAUAAAUGAAAGAGAUCUUGCGUAUGUUUGAAGGUCUUAGCAAUAUUGAAACACAAGGAGUAUUUGAUGGAGCCUGGAAGCUUGUUUGGUCAAGGCAAAGGGCAUAAAUAUGUAAAUGUUUUAACCAUUAUUCUUAGAAUGUUAUUGUUUUUACACUUGCUGCAUUUAAAGUGCAUAGAUGAUGAGUUUAGGAUUUUCUUUUUUCUUUUUUUUUCAUCUGCCACCUUAACUUUUAUUAUUAUUAUUUUCUUUUUUGUGUGGUAGGUUUUUACAUGCAAAAAGAAUCAAUAAAGAUGGCAAAGAUGUCUGUUACAUCUAAACUUGAAUAAUAAUGAUGACGAUGAUAAUAAUAAUAAUAAUGAUAAUAAAAUAAAACAUUUUAGCAAA